AUGUUGGGUUCAAAUCUGGAGACACUGGACAUCCCGUGGAUGUUGCAUGAUGAUCAGGUGCACACUUUAAUGAAAGCACCACGCUGCCGUGACGACCCCUGGGGUCCUCUUGGGGGUGUGGUGUCCGUUGCUCUGAUCUCCCUGCUGUGCUGCACCACAGACUCAGCUCGUCUGACGGUGAGUCCCAGCAGAUCUCAGCUGUUUGAAAAUGAGUUUGUCUCUCUGAGCUGUGAGGACCCUAACCCUGGAUGGACCCUGAUGAGGAACACAAGCAGACAAUUGAUGUCUAAGUGUGGAGCUGACUGGGGAGAAUCAGCUGGUUCUUCCUGUAGCAUCAGCUUCAUCCUCCCACAGGACAGUGGAGUUUACUGGUGUGAGUCCAGAGAGGGAGCAACCAGUAACAGCAUCAGCAUCACUGUCACUGCUCCACUCAAUGUUGCAGUCACUCCUAUGGCCCCACCCACCUCUGGAGCCCCGCCCACUGUCUCAGCCCCCCUCCAUCCUGUGUUCUUCCUGAUCCGCUACCUGGUGGUGUUCAGUCCGUACUUCAUCUCCACUGUCCUCAUGGUGUCUUUAUAUAGACAGAGACCUACAGAUAAUCACCCGCCCGUCUCCAUGGCAACAACCUUGUCCAACAACGAAGCCAAGCAAGGAUUGGCUGAGGACUAUGAUGAUGUCACAGCGGUCAGCACCGAGCAUGACUUCUGAAGGUUGCAGGUUAUCACUCAUCAAUACUCUGAUCAGAAUCAAUACGUUUUAUAUUAAUUGACUGUCACAGUUUCCGUUGCGUCAUGUGACCUGCUUGUUGUAUUCUGUGAGUUCUUUGUACCUUGGAUGUAGAGGAGCUCUCUAUAGAUAAAUAUUGUUAUUUUCAUCUUCAUCAUCAUCAUCGUGCAUCGUGAGUGUGAACUGUCUGUGUCUCCAUCAGAAGUUUUACUGCCGAGGUCGAUUAAAUAAAUGAGGAAUUU